AUGGCGGCUUCGGAGGCCUGCACGAUGUUUCCCGUCACUCGGGCAGGUGAGCCGAAGCCCCGCCCCACCGGCUGCCAUGGCAACUCCCAAGCCGGGUCAGGCGGCCCUGCCCACCUGGGCUGGCUGCGCGGGUUCUUGGGAAGUGACAGGCCCAGCGUGAGGCUGGGUGUCUGGGGAGACGUUGGGGUGGAGAGGCUGCAGUGGGGAGCCUGGGCCCGGGAACUCGGGGUGCAGACCCAGGCCGAGUUGCGGUGGGGGCUGGAGGUGGCCCUGCUGCUGGCUCAGGGCUGA